GCCUGGACCAGUGCUAACGCCGCCACCGCCCGUUCAGGACGCACGCGACGCACUCCUGAAAAUACGCGACGCGCGCCAAGACUAUUGUGGACAAGUGAACUGAUUAGUGUUCCCUACGUGUUUAAAAGUUUAUUUUUUUUUAUUUCAUUUCGUUUUUGUCUAUUCGGCCAGCAUUUUUUAAUUUUGGUUUAAAUUUGUGGAUGAUUGGAUCUUGAUUUUUUAAGUGAAGUGUUAAAGUGUUUCCUUACAAAGAAAUUCUUAAACAGGUCACAGUUAAAACAUUCCUCAAUCAUGGAGCUAGUUUUAGAAAUCUUGAUGGAGCAGUCGGACCCCAAGCUACGAAUACAAAGCGACACCUACGUAUACAGUUGAAGCUACUUCUAAAAUGGUGAAGUAGAAUAAGUAAUAGACUCUAAAAGUGAUACAAUGAGCUUAUAAUUUAAGUGAAUGUCGAAACGAGAGACGAUGCCUUACUACGGGUAUCGAGAUGGAGGGGGUGCAUCGGACUCGAGUGGGGGGUGUUCAGAGUCUGAAGGGGGGGACUCGGACUCCGAGGGGGGAUUGAGUACGGAGAGUUCGACGGGGCAAGGGCUUCCUUACCCGGGGUUCACUCCCGUCGCCCUUCGGUACCUCACCCAAGAAACCAGGCCCAGGAGUUGGUGCCUCAAGCUAAUCACGAAUCCAUGGUUCGAGAGAAUAUCCAUGCUGGUGAUCCUGCUGAACUGCGUGACCCUCGGCAUGUACCAACCCUGCGUCGACGACCAGUGUGUUACAAAUAGGUGCAAAAUAUUACAGGUUUUUGAUGACAUCAUCUUCGCUUUUUUCACAUUGGAGAUGAGUAUCAAAAUGGUAGCCAUGGGGGUAUACGGACAUGGCACUUACUUAGCAGAUUCAUGGAAUAGACUGGAUUUUUUCAUUGUAAUGGCAGGAGCACUGGAGUACGCGUUAAACGUAGAAAAUAUCAACCUAUCAGCCAUAAGAACAAUACGAGUGCUGCGACCACUGCGAGCCAUCAACAGGAUACCAAGUAUGAGAAUCCUAGUGAUGCUUCUUCUGGACACGUUACCGAUGCUCGGAAAUGUUCUACUCCUGUGCUUCUUCGUAUUCUUCAUAUUUGGUAUAGUCGGAGUUCAGCUCUGGGAAGGAAUCCUAAGACAACGCUGCGAGCUGGUGCUUCCACCUCACGUUAAGAUACCAAAAGACCUGUCCGAAUGGUACAGAGUGCGCGUCAGAGUGAACUCCAUCUCCUACCACUACGAGUUUUCCAAAGAGCUGGACUACAUUUGCACGACGCCAGCCGACAGUGGAAUGCAUACCUGCGGAAACUUCCCUCCUUACCGCUAUGGAGCCCUGGUCUGCAACGAGACAGCCAAGCCUUACUCCUACAACUACCCGACGACCAACUCCUGCGUCAACUGGAACCAGUAUUAUACGAACUGCUCCCAAAGAGGCCCAAACCCAUUCCAAGGCACUAUAUCCUUUGACAAUAUUGGCCUUGCUUGGGUAGCUAUAUUUUUGGUAAUAUCGCUAGAAGGUUGGACAGACAUAAUGUAUUACGUACAAGACGCGCACAGCUUCUGGGAUUGGAUCUACUUUGUCCUGCUCAUUGUCAUCGGAUCAUUCUUCAUGAUCAACCUCUGCCUGGUCGUAAUUGCGACUCAAUUCAGCGAGACGAAAAAGAGGGAAAUGGAACGCAUGCGAGCUGAAAGGGCUAGGUUCACAUCGUCUUCCACUCUGGCUUCGUCCACCAACAACAGUGAACCUGCAACUUGCUACGCUGAGAUCGUGAAGUAUGUCGCGCAUUUGUGGAGGCGGUUUAAACGGAGGAUGGCUAAGAAAAUCAGAGUAUAUCGAUAUCAACGAGCUCAACUACGAUGGAGGACGAGCAGGGAAACCUUGCAACUACCAGCGAAUAAGCCUAAACAACACCAUCCAUGCUGUCCGCGAGUGCACCCGCAACAGGUCCAGGGAAAUGGGAGGAAGGUGGAUGAAGAGGCAGCGGCGGGUGGGUGUGGGGGUGGGGAAGAGCCCCUGGGUAGGCCCAGCCUGUUGCGCGUACCUUCCCUGUCCGCCGCUGAUCUUGAGAAUGCCUCCAACCUAUCGCUGCUGUCGCCUCCGUCCCUGGCCCGAAGAAGAUCAUCGGUCAUGUUUAGCGACACCGUACUGCUCCACACGCCUAAUUCCCCGCACUUGGCUCAUCCACACAACGUCUGCUCUUCGGAGAAAAUGACACAGACAGAUUCAUUGUGUCAACGAGACUGGCUAAAGAGCCAAAGUGAAUUCGACCUGCCGACAGGCGACACUGUAGAAGAAAGGGCAGCAGCUGGAGGCACCAUGUCUUGCCAAGAACUGCUGGCUCUCUCUGGGGCAUUGUCUGCUGCUUUACCAACUGGCCAAGUGGCCUUGGACUCUUUCUUUGAAGAACUGACGAAGGGAAUCAGCAAAAGAGCUGGAGAAGAAAAGGUGGAUACAAAGACAAUAGAAAUAGAAGAUUUUUCAUGCUGUGCUGAUCUCAUAGCGGCAGAUAUUGCAGCAAAAGAAACAAGAAAGAAUCGUUUUUCAAAAGCAUGGAGUAUCUUUUGGAAAAAGAUAUCAAAAGUAUUAUCGUGGCUGAGAAAACAUAUCAAGAACAUUGUUGAUCACAAAUACUUUCAACAAGGUAUCCUACUAGCUAUUCUUAUCAACACAUUAUCGAUGGGCAUUGAAUAUCACAACCAGCCCGAGGAGCUAACAGUAAUAGUGGAAAUCAGUAACGUCGUUUUUUCGGCAAUAUUCGCCGUAGAAAUGCUGCUCAAAAUCGUCGCCGAGGGACCUUUCAAGUACAUCUCGAACGGAUUUAACGUAUUCGAUGGAGUUAUUGUGAUUUUAAGUGCUUUCGAGCUGGCCCAAAGUAUGAGGAACGAUACGACAGAAAUGGCAGGCAGCUCCGGACUUUCAGUAUUGCGCACAUUUAGACUCCUGCGCAUACUCAAAUUGGUGCGGUUCAUGCCUAAUCUCCGGAGACAGCUGUUCGUGAUGCUCAGGACUAUGGAUAAUGUUGCAGUCUUCUUUUCUCUUCUUGUGCUGUUCAUUUUCAUAUUCAGUAUUCUGGGCAUGUAUCUAUUCGGUGGUAAGUUUUGCAAGUACGUUGAGGACAACGGCACCGAGCGCGACUGUACCUGCCCCGAGAUCAUAUCGCACCACCCCAAGUGUGAGUGCGACAGGAAACAUUUUAAUAACAUUCUCUGGGCUACCGUCACCGUAUUCCAGGUGUUAACGCAAGAAGAUUGGAAUGUUGUGUUAUUCAAUGGUAUGGAAAAAACAAGUCACUGGGCCGCUUUAUAUUUUGUGGCACUCAUGACUUUUGGCAAUUAUGUUCUAUUUAACUUGCUGGUAGCUAUUCUCGUUGAAGGAUUUAGUUCCGAGCGAAAUGAACGAAGAGAGCGUGAACAACGCGAAUUGGCAAAAUCUAAAUUAUCUAACGAAUGUUUUUCGGAUAACAACGAAUACGACGAAUCGAAUUCGGGAUCACAUUCAAGUGACAGCUUUUCUCAGAAUGAAAUAAAAAACUACUGGCGCUCUGCAGACGAUGUACGUAAAGCUAAAGACGACGUUAAUGGUCACAAGGAUAAAGCUAAGGCUCGACGUAAAGCGAAAGCCACGGCACAUCAGUCCCAUCACCCCACGCUGUGCAAAGACUGUGCACAAUCCAAUAAGUGUAACUUACAGAAGGAAUCGAAAAUGUUGGCUAUCAACGCCGGAGCGGAAUCCACCAUAGUUCCAAUGAUAACUCACACAGCAGCCACUCCGCAAGACUCGCCUUCCACUACCUUAGAGCCUGGAGCGUCGUUUAGGGACUUCAAUAUGGCUCUCAGUCUAGAACGAUCAUCUAUGCUAUCCAGCUUGGAUUCUAUUGACCGAACUUCUUGUGCAAGCAUUCCUGGUCUACUAAAACCACCAAAUAGCUACACGCUGACACUUCACUCUGCAGCCGCUCAGUUAGGCGCUGAGAAAGCACGUCUUCCACCAAUGUCCUUGGCGCCUCCACCACUGACAUUAUCGCUUUCACCAAUUCGAACCUCCGGAUCUACAACCCCGACAACACCUAGAUCUAUCCCAAGCCCAAUACUGCCAGAGAAGAAUUUGCAAGUCACCAUUGUUAAAGAAGAUAAUUUGAACACAAGCGAUAAAUCAAGUCUUUUAAGCUCACAAAAGAAUAUAGCUAUUACAACUCCCGGUGCCAAUGAAGACAAAUGUAGAGUGCAGAGAGGGUACAGUUGGAGGCUGUCCAGACCAAGCCUGCGAAAAAAACCUAAACACAGGACCGGGUCUGACUCAGACGCGGUGGUGCUUAACAAUGGACGGGAUCAUGCUACGUGCAACGGUUCAGGACUCCGUAAAAACGAGUUGCUCUUAUCUUCAACAAUAGUGAUAAAGAAUGACACCCAGUCGGAACUGCCUAAUAACAGGUCAAAGUCACAACUGCCUGCACCGAGGGUAUUGGCACCACCUGCGAGACGCGUGUCUGCUCAUACAACUCCACUUCUACCUGAUGUUUCGUGGAAGGCGCCAGAAGCUGGCUUCUCGUCUGAUUCAACGGUACGAUUGGACUCUGUGAAACCUCCACCACAUAGACUUUCACUCACUAAUGACUAUCUAACAGUGACAACAGUAUCCGAAGUGAAGGCCAGCAACCUGGUGCCUCCAGGGCAAGUGGCCCAGAUCUCAACUCGGUCGACCAGAAAUGAAGCACCUCUCCCGGCGAGACCCAACAACCAACCGCUUCCGCUGAUCAAACAAAUCAAUGAGGAGGUAGCGAUCAAUAACAAUGCCUGUAUACUAUCAGGAAGAUUCGAUCGAAGAAGGUUCAGAUUUAAAGAUCUUUUUCGUUUCAUGGAGCCAACUGGAUGUCUUAAAGAGAAAGAAGAUUACUCAUUAUAUAUUUUUGCUCCAGAAAAUAAGAUGCGUAGGUUCUGUACGUGGAUGGUGACAAGAAGCUGGUUCGACAACAUAGUGCUUCUAUUCAUAGCCCUGAACUGCAUCACAUUAGCCAUGGAGAGGCCUAACAUCCCGCCCGACUCCAAGGAAAGAGCCUUCCUUUCGAGUGCCAAUUACGUGUUCACCGCAGUGUUCGCUGUCGAAAUGUUUAUUAAGGUAAUAGCAUCUGGCAUGUUUUACGGACCAGAAGCUUACUUCACUUCUGGCUGGAACAUCAUGGAUGGCUCACUGGUUAUCAUAUCCAUCAUCGACCUGUUAAUGUCUCUAAUCUCAGAAUCUAGUCCACGGAUAUUUGGGAUUCUUAGGGUAUUUAGAUUAUUGCGGUCCCUAAGACCGUUGCGAGUAAUUAAUCGGGCUCCAGGGUUGAAACUAGUAGUUCAAACACUUUUAUCCUCUUUGAGACCCAUCGGGAACAUUGUGCUUAUCUGCUGCACGUUUUUCAUCAUUUUUGGCAUUUUAGGAGUGCAACUGUUCAAAGGAGCGUUCUUCUAUUGCGAAGGUGCAAACAUCAAAAACGUGAAGAAUAAGACUGACUGCUUGGCAAUCGAAGGCAACGUAUGGGUGAAUAGGAAGUAUAAUUUUGAUGACCUUGGCAAAGCACUAAUGUCAUUAUUCGUUCUCAGCUCAAGGGAUGGUUGGGUCAAUAUUAUGUACACUGGGUUAGACGCAGUUGGCGUCGAUCAACAGCCAAUAGUCAACUACUCUGAAUGGCGUCUUCUUUACUUUAUUGCGUUUAUACUACUUGUGGGUUUCUUUGUAUUAAAUAUGUUUGUGGGAGUUGUCGUUGAGAACUUCCAUCGAUGCAGAGAGGAACAAGAGAAAGAAGAACGAGUAAGGAGAGCAGCGAAGCGAGCUCUGCAGAUGGAAAAGAAAAGACGAAAAAUGCACCAAAGGCCAUAUUAUUCUGAUUAUUCGCAAAUACGCCUUUUUGUCCACAAUGUUGUCACAUCCAAAUAUUUUGACUUAGCCAUAGCCGGAGUAAUUGGACUCAACGUAGUGACCAUGGCUAUAGAAUACUAUAGAAUGCCUCCAGCAUUGCAAUACGCCUUAAAAAUAUUCAACUAUUUCUUCACUGCAGUAUUUAUUCUUGAGGCAGUUAUGAAACUAGUAGCAUUAGGAUUUAAAAUAUAUUUAAAAGACAAAUGGAAUCAACUUGACGUAAUAAUAGUUAUUUUGUCCAUUGUGGGAAUAGUUUUAGAAGAGUUAGAAACAAAUAUAAUACCAAUCAAUCCGACAAUCAUGCGGGUCAUGAGAGUGUUGAGGAUAGCUAGAGUGUUGAAAUUGUUGAAAAUGGCCAAAGGAAUACGCGCUUUGUUGGAUACGGUAAUGCAGGCGUUACCGCAAGUAGGAAAUUUGGGGCUAUUGUUUUUUCUGCUUUUUUUCAUAUUUGCUGCUUUAGGCGUGGAGCUCUUUGGAAGACUGGAAUGCUCCGAUGAGAUUCCCUGUCAAGGACUCGGAGAACAUGCCCAUUUCGCCAACUUCGGAAUGGCAUUCCUCACUCUUUUCCGGGUGGCUACUGGUGACAACUGGAAUGGUAUCAUGAAGGAUACCCUUCGUGAAGACUGUGACAGCUCGGUUGACUGCGUGCGCAAUUGUUGCGUAUCUACCGUAAUCGCUCCUAUAUUCUUUGUGGUGUUUGUGCUGAUGGCGCAGUUUGUGCUGGUCAAUGUUGUUGUUGCUGUCUUAAUGAAACAUCUAGAAGAAUCACAUAAACAAAUGGAAGACGAAAUUGAUAUGGACGUGGAAUUAGAGCGAGAAUUGGAAAGAGAAGCUGACGAUGAAGAAGACAGAGCUCUUUGCCGGGCUCUAGAACAAUGUAUGUCUCCACCGCGCCCCUUAAAUAAGGUACCGUCACUUCCAGCCAAUUUCACUUACAGCGAGCCAAAACAACCAGCACCGUCGCCUGCACGUAGACGACGCACCAUGCACUCUCACCACGCUUUACUGCCUGCAGCAUUGCCACCGAGACGAGCAUCAUUAUCUCCUCAUGCAUUUGGACGACGUCGACAGGAUUCCAGUUCGGAACCUCCGGCAGCUCUCUAUGAAGAAGAUGCACGAUUUAUCGAUGCUGAUGAUAUUGAUGAACUAGAGCCCGGCAGCCCUCCACGACGUGACUCCUUUGCAAAUAAUAGACGACAACGUGUUGAUAAAAGAAAUUCACUCCGAGGUGAGGAAGCCAGGCUUUUAAGGCCAGCUCCGGUUCUUCUCGCCGUACCGACGACCCGACAAACAAUUCGAAUAAAUUCCAAACGACGAUCGUCAACAGAAUCGGCAGUCAUUAGCGAAGCAAGUCAUGGAUCCAUACGAUCCCAUUUACUGGUUGAAGGGGCUAAUCAAUCGAUCAGUGAAGAAGAAAAGAUAAGAAUAGUGAUAGCUGAAAGACGAAAGAAUGAUACAACAAGGCCGGAGACAGAUGACGUAGUUGAACUAUCUGAGCAAGGUUCCUAGUCCAGGCGAGGCCGGCCGCAGCAACAUCAUGAAGUGUACAUCUAGAUGUCACGUGAAAUGACCACUAGUGUACUUACCUCCUCUCGACCUCUCUCGUCUAUUGUGUGUGCUCAAUGAUCAAUAAAAGUUUGAACUCGGUUGCGCAACAGUGAACAGACAUUUUUGUGAGCUCAUGAUUUUUAUAUACUUUGAGUGUUGCUAUAUAACUCAACCGAUUGUAUGUAUAUGGUACUUUUAAAGUGAUUGUUUCCUUGUGAUUUUCUUCCAAGCCUUCGCUCGAUCGUUCCUUUUCCAUUGCGGCCGGUUCAAAAACUUCAGUAAGAGACUCUUAAUAAAUUUAAGUAUAUAGGUAGAUAGGAGUUAGAACUAGUCAAUUGUUGUGGUGGGACGUUUUCUACGAGAGCUAUUAAACACUUCGUAAUUAUUGAGUAAAUUAUUAGUACGGUGCUUACUGUUAAAGUUUUAUUCGUUAUAAAAUAUAAAUAUUUGUAUAGGAGGUACUCAAAGAGUUUCCGAAUAACCUCAACGAAGUAUUGGUUUAUAGCAAGUGAUAGUUUUCAUUUGCUGUGCAGUUGAAUUUGUGUGUGUAUGUUUAUGUGUUAGAUUUUAUUUACUUUUGUCUUAAGGAAAACGGGUUUCAAAUCAUUGAAUUUUAGUAAUUACGAAUUGUACUAUUCAUCGAGGAAUUUGUUUAUGUGUUCUUAUUAUAUUAAUUCAUUCAACGACUGUGUAGCCUAGCCUCGUAGAGUGUUGUUACUAGCUAGAACUGUCAUUCUAAUAAGUAUGGAAACAGAACCAAAUGUUCGCGAAUUGAAUUAAACUCUCUAAAGAUGAAAAUAUUUUCUGAACAUAAAAGAAUCCUAUUUUCUUACAGUCAUGUUCGUAAUUUAGACGUGUAACUGGCAAUACGCACAUAAAAUUAGAACGUAGUAUUGGUAGAAAAUGCGGAAUACAGUAUCAUUAAACCAUUUAGCAUUACUUGUGGUCCCGUACCGUUUAGCAUUAUAGUGGUUAACCAUAAGUUUUCUAUUAUUUGAAUGUUUAGCGACUCAUAAUUAGCCGUGCCAAAUCUACAAAUACCAUUUUAAAUUUAGCAUAACUUUUGUACCUACUAUUUUAAUUGAUCACUUACGUAGAACCUAGUCCUGUCUUUCAAACUUUUCAGCUUGUUAAAAUAUAUCCGAAGAGAGCCACCAUGCAAGAGACAAUGAAUACCAAUAUAGCUAAAGUAUUAAAGAAAGUUUCGGUUUAACUACUGCUACAUAUUUGAGGACGAGCGUGACUUGAUGUCCUAGUGAAUUGAUGGAGACCUAGUUAGGGAAGUCAGCAAUAAAUUUUAUACUUCGACUGUGCCUUUCCUAUUUCUAACAUUUAAAUAGCUUGUGGAGUUGAUUUAUGUAUAGUCUCAGAACUUAAAUGUAUACAUUAGGAGUUGAAGGGUAGAUACAUAAUAGUAAUUCUUGUUGAGACUUAUUAAGUUUUCGUUGUAAGUUAAGUGAAAAUUUUUGUAUUAUAAGACAGUCACAGAAACCAUAUUGAAUUUACUUCAUCAUUCCGAACGAACUAUUCUACUUUGUAUUCAAUGCGCAAAGAAAGUUGAAGCUUUAAAUGCUGCUUUUGUUACUUUAUUAUACAUUUAUUCCAUCGCAUAUUUAAUAGAGUUUCCUUUAACUAAGUUUAACUUAUCUGUUAGCUUAUCCUUCCAGUUAUUUGGUCUUUUGAUUACACGAAGUCUUCCACUUUUACUAUUUUGAUGAUAUGUUAACUGCUAUUGAGUUUACUUUUUAUAAUCUACUGCAUAAAGUAGGUAGUGUUUUUUUUAUAUACACAUUAACUUAUGUCUGAUAUCACAGGUCUUCUUUAAUAAUUAAAAUUUUGAAAGAAUUGAUAAAAUGGAAUUUAGUAAAGUUAAGAAUAGCACUUUCGUGAUAAACAUAAAUUUCGUGAUAAAGAAGAAUAAUUGUUUUUCAGUACUGAAUGUAUGAUAAUUUAUAAGGAGUAUGAACAAUGUUCAUUAGUUGAGUACACCUGUUAAACCUAGCCGGUGAUCUGUCAAGUUACGAAAGUUACGACAAUGUUAGGUUGAAAAAAUAAAUUCUAAAUUCUA